CGGAGAAAUUCCUCGAAGCCAUGGUGAAUAGCAGCGUCAAGAUGCCAUGUAAUGUUCUGCAAAAAAAGGAAGACAACGUCGAAUUCUUCUUUUGGUACAAGAAUGACGGAGUCACUGCCUUCUAUACCCUCGACGCACGACGCCAGCGUCUUGGAGAAGCUCAUCAUGUGAAAAAUGAAAGCUAUAGUAGUCGAAUACAAUUCCAUCCCACCGCCGAGCAACCAUAUUUGCAGAUUGAUAAUCUGAAGGAAGAUGAUACUGGCACAUAUUUCUGUCGAGUGGAUUAUCAAUGGUCAGCUACAGAACUGACAAAAAUCAAUUUAGUUGUUGUGGUUCCUCCCAAGAAGUUAAUUGUUCGAGAUGAUACAGGGCAAGAGGUCAGAAAUAUAGCUGGACCAUACAAGGAACAUUCAGAUGUUACACUAUCUUGUGAAGCUCAAAAAGGUUUCCCUACACCUAAUGUCACCUGGUGGAAGGACAAUAAACUGUGGGAUAACACAUUUCAAAAAACCCAAACUGGUGUUAUCAAUGAGAUGAAGUUGAACAACCUCAGCCGAUUGGAACUCUUUGCUACAUUUCAUUGUAAAGCGCAGAAUACCAUGCUUACCUCACCAGUAUCGAGGACCAUUGUCUUAGAUAUGUACCUAUACCCUCUGACAGUGAGAAUCACAAGUAGGCCGUUACCAAGAGCUGCAGGUAGAAGAGUAGAUUUAGCGUGUGAAUCGGAAGGCUCAAGACCAUCGGCGAAGCUUUCUUGGUUGCUAAACGGCAGUGCCCUCACUGAUCACAUCGAAACCGUCCACGAUAACGUCACAUCCUCUGUCCUCCGAUUCCUGCCUAAAUCUCAGCACCACGGUCUCCCACUCAUUUGUCGAGCCCAGAAUCCAAAGUUAUAUGACAGCAAAUUAGAUGACGUAAGAGUGCUCAAUAUCACAUAUAUACCUCAAGUAUCCCUCCGCUUGAUAAAAGAAGAAGUCGGGCGCCAACCAAAAGAGGAUGAUUAUAUUCGUUUAGUUUGCGACAUUGACGCAAAUCCAUCCGUCUUGAAAGUGGGCUGGCUCUUCAACGAUCUACCUUUAUCUCACAAUCAGUCCAGUACUGAUAUCGUGAGUGGGAACACGCUCGUGUUCAAGCGUCUAACGCGUCGCAACCGUGGGCGUUACAAGUGUUACGCCAUUAACGAGGAAGGCAGGGGCAUCAGUCAAGAGCUCACUUUGAAUAUUAGCCAUGCUCCCGUUUGCAAAGAAAAUCAGCAAAUCACAUACGCAGUGGGUCUUAACCAGACUGUGACCGUCCGCUGCGAAGUCGAAGCGGUGCCUACAGAUGUCACUUUCAAGUGGGAAUUCAGUAACACGGUUCGCAAGCAUUACAAUCUGCAGCAUACCAGCGAUGGCGUUGUCAGUGUAGCAUCCUACAUGCCAGUCACAGCUGCUGACUAUGGGACACUUUUCUGCUGGGCCAACAAUUCUGUAGGCCAUCAGCAGUCUUCUUGCUUUUUUACUGUCAUUGCCCCGGCCUGUAAUCCGGAAAGGACCAAUGUCAACGCAUCAAGUUUAUCAAGAGAUGGCAGCGAGGAAGUGUGGAAUCACUCUGUGAUUACUACGGGUGCUGGCAUUGUGGCAUCCAUCUUCAUAGUCACGGCUGCGUGCGCCUUCUACAUCAGAAGAAUAUAUCUGGAGAAGAAGCAUCGACCAAUGGGGCCAAUUAUGGAAGAGGAUGUCACUAUAUACAGCAGAGUUCAGUGUCACAACAGUGGACCACAGCCUCGAAUUCUUAUAGCUAAAUGAAAAUGUCUCAGAAACGGUGAUAAGUCUGUAUCAAAACUUGUAUGCUCAAUAGAUAAACAGCCGUUGAACCAGGAGAUCGCCUGUCUGUGUCAAAUGUAAUUCACGGACUAGAUGCGGUAUACUGUGAUUCAUGCUGUUAUUAAUUUAAGUACUGUAUAUACUUGACGAAAAUCAUUAUGGAAGAAAAAUUUUGAAGAGAUUGUUCUCAUAUUUUACGGAACUGUUGCAUGCAGAUGUUAAUAAGUGUGUUGAAAUUCGGAGAAAUAAAGAGUCGU